GAGGGAGAAGUGGUGCCUUGAAGGUAGGAGGCAGAGGCGUGUCCCCAGCAACAAACAAACAGUCCAGCGAGCGAGACGACGCACCCGGCUGGAGGAGGAGGACGAGCAGAGCAGAGCAGCUGAGACAAGACGCCAGUCGCCUCCCUGCCAAGACCCAACCUUUCCCGCGACCCGCCCGGCGUUGACUCACCCGCCCCCUCCCGCUGCCGCCGGGCCCCGCACGCCAGCGGCCCGCGGCCGGGGAGCGAGAGAGCAGGCGCCGCCGCCGCGGCAGCUGGUGGUGGUUCCCCUUCCGGCUCCGGCAGUGGAGUGGCGCCCAGCGAGCCCGGUCGGUCCGAGUCGCGCCCGGUCGGUCGGUUCCAGGACCGGGCCCGGGCCGGGUUCGGUUCGGAUGGUCGGUGGCGGCGGCGGGGGUUCGGCUGUCCGGGCGAGCAACCCUAACAACCCCACGGUCACGGCCGCGCCCGGGCCGUAUAUUAGAUGCCGGGCGGCAGCGGCGGCCUCGAUCUCUCCGCGGUGAUCCAGGCGGCGCUCGUCGGGCUCGUGCUCCUCGCGGCCGCGCUCGCCGCCGUGCGCCGCGCCGCCUCGCGCUACUUCCUCGUCGACGCCGCGGGCUUCGCCGCCGCCUACGACGACCACCUCCACCCCGCCGAGUACGCGAUGCCGCCGCAGGAGGGGAACCAGCCGCGGCAGCUGCAGCAGCCCGUCGUCGCGGCCCGCCAGGCGCCCGGGACCUGCGCCCAGUGCGGCGGCGCCAGCAGCAAGAUUUGCACCGGCUGCAAGCGCGCGCGGUACUGUUCUGGAGAAUGCCAGUCAAAGCAUUGGCAAUCUGAUCACAAAUUGAAUUGUAAACAAAUGAAGUUAUUGGAUACUGUUGACAAGUCACCCUGUGGAGUCGAGGCCAACAGUAAGAAGUCUUCUGUCUUUGGCCGUAUCUCAUUAGUGCCUGGGCCUCGAAAGUUAAACAAGGUUAUCUUUCCUUACGAUGAAUUUUUAAAGCUAUAUGAUUGGAGCGAUAGGAAUUACGAUGCUUCAUCACCUUGUGGGCUUGUGAAUUGUGGCAACAGUUGCUUCGCCAAUGUAGUUUUACAAUGUCUAUCAUACACAAGGCCACUGGUGGCCUAUCUUUUAGGAAUGGACCAUUAUAGGCAAUGUUCUAUAAGACGUGAAAGUUGGUGUUUCUUAUGUGAGUUGCAAUGUCAUAUUGAAAGAGCAGUUGAUAGCAUGCAUCCAUUUGCUCCCAAGAACAUUCUUUCCCAUUUACCAAAUAUUGGUGGCAACCUUGGCAUUGGUAGACAGGAAGAUGCUCAUGAAUUAAUGAGGUUUGCAAUCGAUAAGAUGCAAUCAGCUUGUCUUGAUGAAUUUGGAGGUGAGAAGGUCGUUGAUCUUAGCACCCAAGAGACUACUGUUAUUCAGCACAUAUUUGGCGGUCGUCUGCAAUCUCAGGUUCAGUGUACUGCAUGUGGAGUGGUCUCAAAUCGCUACGAGAAUAUGAUGGACUUGACAGUUGAAAUUCAUGGUGAUGCUGAAUCGCUGGAAGAGUGCUUAGAUCAGUUCACUGCUGUGGAGUGGCUUGAUGGGGACAACAAGUACAGAUGUGACGGAUGCAGCGACUAUGUCAAAGCACGGAAGCAUCUUACAGUUCAUCAAGCUCCAAAUAUACUCACUAUUACUCUCAAAAGAUUCCAGAGUGGUAGAUUUGGAAAACUGAACAAGAAAGUUACAUUCCCUGCUAAGCUGGAUCUGACACCAUACAUGAGCGCCACUGAUGGAACUGACCAGUAUGAUUUAUAUGCCGUCGUUGUUCAUCUGGAUAUGCUGAAUGCUUCGUUUUUUGGGCAUUAUAUAUGCUACAUAAAAAGUCGUCGAGGUCAUUGGCUUAAAAUUGAUGACUGCAAGGUUAUGUUUGUCGACAAGGAGGAAGUACAUGCUCAAGGUGCUUAUAUGCUUCUAUAUAGCAGAAGAACAGCUCGUCCUGGACCACUUCUUGCAGUCAAAGAACAGAUAAAACAGGAGAACCAAUGUGAAGUGCCUCCUUCAAAUGGAGAAAAUCAUUUGAUACCAGAGGAUGUGCCUGUAAAAUGUGAAUCAUUUCUUAAUUCUUCAGAAGAUCUACGAGCGGAUUCUGGAUCCAGCAAUGAAUCUUUGCACAGAAUGGACACCCUCGACCAGGUAGACAGUGGGAGAGAGGCAUUAAUUACCAAUGAAAGUCUACAUCAGCCAGCUUCAUCGGCAUUGCAUGUCCUUAAAGAAGAUAUUAGACACCGAUGUUCUCUAUUAGAAGGCAGUACUGCCAUGCGGUCUGACCAAUUGGGCAAUUCUGCAUGUGAAUCAUCUUCAGUUAGUUCCUCUGCAGAGGAAUGUGAGGAACCUGUCCGUAUUGAUUCAGUUGACUACAUGGAUAUUGAUACUGAAGCUGGAAGAGAAGUUGAAGGACAGAACGCGCAACAACAAACUGUCUUUGGUGAUUCAGUUGGAGUGAUAGCCAAUGAGAGUUGUAUGGCAGCGAAAGCAAAACCACUACUUUCUGUUGGUUUCCUUGACAAACCCUCAAGAAAGAAGUCUUCCUUUGGGGAAGAGAGUCAAAAUGGUUGUGACAUGGAUGUUUCCCCCCAUAAAAUAAAUGGUCAUUGGAAUGAACAACUCAGCAGGUCAAAGCAAGGAGUUUUUGCCAACUCCUCAGGUGGCCAGACAUCCUAUGCGAAUGGAAAUGUGCAUAGUAAUGGAGAUAUGUUUGUGAAUCCUAGCAACGGAAUCGUUGCCAAUGGUGAUGCACAAUUCGGCAAUUACGCCUUGGAUGCAUCAAAGAGAGAUGUACCUUUGUUUCAUGGUUUUAAUCCAAGGCCUCAUACAUCACCAUCAAGCAGCAACACAAAUCGGAACAACACAAGUAACGACAAAGGGGACAUGUCAUUCUUAGCACGGGGUUUCCUUGAAAGGCCUCGUUCUAGAGAGAAAGCAGUCAAAGGCAAUGAUGGGUUGCCAUUUAGUAAUGGAAAUGGCAAACCAUCAUCAUCCUCUGUGAAAGUCAACAGCAUAUCAAAUACUAAUUCUUCAUCUCAAAGCAGCCAAGGUGGCAUGCGCAUGUCUCCGGGAUUCCUCACAAAGCGUUGCAGGGAGUCAGCAGCCAUGGAUGAUCCACAGACCAGUAAAACACCCAAGGAGCCAGAACAUGUUGGUGCUGCAGCAUUGCCAGACCAGAUACAGGAAAGGUGGAGUUCCGGUUGCACAACUAGUGGCAUUGCGCCCCAACACAGAGCAGCUUUUGUUAAUAAUUUGAGUGGUCACCAUGUUGAAAACGGGCAUUCAGUUCUGGGCACCAAUAAUGUCUUCUAUGGUGAAGAAAAUGGCAGCAAUGGAAUUCUUGAUAUGCAUUGCAGCAGUAGCCAAAUGGAUGAUUAUCUGAAUGGUCACCGUGAUGGCAACAUGCAUGCAGUUCUGGGCACCAAAAACGUCUUUGGAGAGGAAAAUGGCACUAGUGGAGCUCUCGAUGCAAUCAGUUGCCAAAUAGAUGGUACGCCUAUCGUGUCCGAGAAUGGCAUGAGAUGUGAAGAUGCCGACCAGGUCGUCAAGUCACCUGUCGCAUCUGUCCAUGACGGUCUGCGACGAAGAUUGACCUCAAAAUAUUUUGAUGCCCAAUGAAAACUGAAGGUACAUAUUACUGAAGAGCUACGAGCUAGGAUGUAGAAGAAUGCUGGCUCUCAAUGCUGGUUGGCUGAUUGGAUAGAUUACUUGUUGCCAUUGCAAAAUUGUUGAUGGUAGUUUUGCCUCUCCUUUCUUUUUCCCACGUGGCUCCCACUUGUCAGAGGGGUCGAGGGGUGUCUCUGGGCUUCCACACAAUUUGCAGAAGUUCAGAUGCUCCCCUCAGGCCAUGCUUCUUCUGUUGUCGUUAGGUACAUAGCAGAGUUGUAGGCUUGCCUCUUUUUUCAUUUCAUUGUUAGAUUGAAUAAACACGAACUGCUGACUUGCUUUGUCAUGGAAGCUGAAUCAAUCAAUUGUAGAGUGGUAAGAGGAAAUGAUCGCAUCACGUAUUUCAGUUA